UAUUGGAUUAACUUCAUUUUUCAACCAACCAUGAAACAGGACAUGACAUCCACUGAACUAAAAGAGCAAGGAAACAGACUUUUUAGCGCUAGAAAGUUUGAAGAUGCUGUGUCUUGUUACAGUAAAGCUAUUAUUUUAAAUCCUCAGAUUCCUACAUACUUUACAAACAGAGCAUUAUGUUAUCUAAAGCUUCAUCAGUGGGAACUUGCUUGCCAAGACUGUAGAAGAGCACUCGAAUUAGAUUGUACGUCAGUUAAAGGCCAUUUCUUUUUUGGACAAGCUCUACUAGAAUUAGAAAAUUAUGAUGAAGCUAUAAAAUAUUUUCAGAGAGCUAGUGAUUUAGCAAAAGAUCAAAGUCGAAACUUUGGUGAUGAUAUUGCUUGCCAGCUAAGGAUAGCAAAAAAGAAACGAUGGACAGUUCAAGAAGAUAAAAGAAUCGACCAAGAAAUUGAACUGCAAACAUAUCUGAAUAAACUUAUACUUGAGGAUAAAGAAAGGCAAUUAACAAUGUUAGAAAAUUUGGGUGUAAAAAGUAAAAAUGAAAUAUCUAGACUUACUGAAAGAUAUGAUAAUUACCAACAUGAAUUAAAUAGUAUGUUUGAAAAACUUGAUGAAAGAAGAAUGAAAAGAGAAGUACCUGACUACUUGUGUGGGAAAAUCAGUUUUGAUAUUAUGCGUGAACCUGUAAUUACUCCUAGCGGUAUCACUUAUGACAGAAAAGAUAUUGAAGAACACUUACAGAGAGUUGGGCAUUUUGAUCCAGUGACACGUACUCCUCUUGUUCAAGAACAGUUAAUUCCAAAUUUAGCUCUUAAAGAAGUGGUUGAUGCUUUUAUUGCUGAAAAUGAAUGGGCUGUGGAAUAUUAAUUCUACUCAUUGUUCAACAUUAUAUGAGUUGCAGAAUUCAAGCGUCUGUGCACAAGUACAUCACUGGUCAUUUAUUGUUAACUUCCUAAUUUUAUAUAUUGUUCAUGUUGCAGAGUUUUAAGUAAAAAGAAAAUAUGAAUUGAAAAUUUAAUUAUUGAAUGAUGAAAAUAUGUACAAAUUUAUGCAAACAUUUAGUUUUCUGUUUUUAAAAAUCUGAGAUUCAGGUAGUAGAACCCUGGUUAGACAUUUUUCUGGAAUGUUUUCAACCAUCUUCUGAUUCUCUAAUAAUUUUUUCUUCUUUCACAAUUGCUAAAAAUAUAAAUAUUUUUAAUUCUUCCAAAACGCAUAAGAUUUCUUCUUGUAGUUAAGUCAAGGUAAUCAAAAAAAUUUUGAGUGUGUUUCCUUUGUUUAUUUAAAACUUAAAUGCUGUCUGACAUAAAAAGGUUUUUUGUGAAGUCUAAAAGGAGUUUUUUAAACAUUGUAUGUGAUAAUCAGUUGAAUUUUAGUGUUUUUAUUUUUGCAAUUUUAAUCUAUUUUUCAAGAAACUAUUAUAAAGUU